UCGCAUGCGCCCAAAGACUCCUCCGCGAACACUUGGUCGGCGCGCUUGCAGCUUCCAGUUUUCGCGUUACUCUCCGGCUGCCAGCCACCGAAGCAACAGCAGACCUUCCAGCCACCCCCAGUGAAGAGAAGCGCGCGCCCUCCAACCCGGAAGACGCACAGCUCCAACUCCAGCAGUUUCUACUGUUAACUCACCCCCCACAAACAACCGACAGCAAACAUCUAUUUAUCCACACGGCCGCACGGAAGGAUGUGAAGGAUGAUCCUACGUUCCGUUACCCGUUCGCCUCUGGCUGUAGUGCUGCUCCCCCUGGUGCUCGCCAUCCUCGACAAAAACAUCGGUCGUCAUCGACAUUACAUUUCAUCAGGUGUGGCCUACCAGCCCGAGUUUACAGAACCUAUCGUUAAUUUGACGAUUCCCGUGGGAAGGGAUGCCACGUUUCGAUGUCUCGUACACCACCUGGGAGGAUACAGAGUUGGCUGGGUAAAGGCUGACACCAAAGCUAUCCAGGCUAUACACGACCAUGUCAUCACCCAUAAUCCGCGAGUCGGCGUUUCUCACACGGACCAUACCACCUGGAACCUGCACAUCAAGAACAUCCAAGAAGAAGACCGCGGUCAGUACAUGUGCCAGAUCAACACCGAUCCAAUGAAGAGUCAGCUCGGAGUCCUGGAAGUGGUAGUGCCUCCUGAUUUCGUAGCUGAGGAAACAUCCGGUGACAUCAUGGUGCCCGAAGGCGGGCUUGUGAAGCUGACUUGCAAAGCCUACGGUCAUCCAGAACCGCACGUUCAAUGGCGCAGAGAAGAUGGCAACCAUAUCAUCAUCAAGGAGCCCUCAGGACUCCGAACCAAAGUGCUGUUGUAUCAGGGCGAGUUGCUACGCCUCGUUAGGAUAUCCCGAUCAGAGAUGGGGGCUUACAUGUGUAUCGCAUCGAACGGCAUCCCUCCGACUGUCAGCAAACGCAUCAUGGUUAACGUUCAUUUUCACCCAGUGAUCCAAGUACCAAACCAGCUUGUCGGUGCCCCGCUGGCCACCGACGUCACCCUCGAGUGCUUCGUAGAAGCUUCCCCAAGGGCCAUCAACUACUGGGUCAAAAAAACAGGAGAAAUGGUGAUCACCAGCAGUAAAUACGAAGUCGAAAUCAUCUACAAGUCCAUGUUCGAGGUCAGGAUGACCUUGAUGGUACGUAACCUUGAACUGGAAGACAUCGGCACAUUCAAAUGCAUUGCUAAGAAUUCUAUUGGCGAAGUUGAGAGCAGCAUCCGCAUUUACGAAAUCCCUGGACCGACAAAAAUCUACAGCCCACCGGAAGACAUGGAGGAAGGAGACGAAGAAAAGUUGGGAUCCGCGGAGCGCGACGGCCGCCGCCUGGAUCGUGGUAAACUCCAGAAUACUGCUACAGCAUUAGCUCCACGGGACACCCAAAGGAGCGUCAUCGACGACAACUCGGCGCGCAUCUCUAGCCCAAUGAUCCUGAUCACUAUCCUCUUAGCUGCAUUCCUCAUCUUCAUCCCUUUGGCGAUAUAAAUCCCCUCUCCGGGUAAAACGACUCCCUAUUUGUGUAGUGACAAUAACAUGUUCCCUUUACGUUUCCGUCUCCCAACUCUCGAUUCCAUCGUAGGAUAUGAAUAAUGCUGCUGGUUUCAACCCUGAAUCUCAAUCUUUCACUCACCCAAACUCUAUCUCUAUCUUUGUCUAUCUGUAUUUCCCCUCUAUGUAACUAUAUCUAUAUAUAGACGUUAAUAAUAUGUAUUAUCAAUAUAAACAAGUAUAAUUAUAAUUGUAUAUGGCGUUGCCAAUUAUAGCUUCAGGAUGCAUGGAUUGAGCGAAGGAUCUGCUGUGGUAUUGCGAGGAACUGAUGAGAGAGACCGUACGGUUUGUUGCCUUAAAUGUAUAUGUAUAACUGGAAUCAUAGAUUCGAGGUAUAUUAGAAUGGGUAUACCCAUUUUCUUUAGAAAAAUACUGUUUAUGGAAUAUAUAUAAAAAAAAGUAUAAUUCAUAAAAUAAUUCACACACAAG